CUCAAUUAUAUGAGGAUGGUACCAGAAGCAUCAACUUUACCCACGCUCCAUCAGAAGCGAAAGUUCCACUUCGCUUGAAAACGAACCGUGCAAAUGCAGAAAUACAGCUUGCGUGCACGCCACCCACCUUCUGUGGUCUAAGGCUAAGAACGGAUUCCGUUACAUCCAUGUCCGAACUAUGCCACGUGGACGCAUCUCGUUUUUCCAAGUCACCAUCCCUGUUUUAAUGAUAACAAACCGCUCGAUCUCCAAGUCCCAACUCUCACGCUUAUCAUAAAACAGUCUUUCAAUCUCAAAAUUCUAACAAAAGCAAAAAUGGCGUUGACAGCGCUGUUUUGGUCGGCGACAAAGCUCGCCGGAAUAAUUGUGACAGUGUCCAUCGCAGCCAACGCUUUCUCUUUCUCGCGUUACCGGAAAAAGAAUCUCCGACGGUUCAAAUCUCCAAUCGACGAAUCCUCUGAUACGCUUGCUGAUUUCAAUGUCAACGGUGAGGAGGAAAAUGGGUUUUUCUUUGGAUUAGCAACAGCGCCAGCACAUGUUGAAGACAGGCUCAACGAUGCUUGGCUACAGUUUGCUGAAGAAAAUCCUUGUCAUAAAUCAGAAACAAGAGAUGAUCCAGCGCAAGCUGAUGCAGUGAUUGGUGGUGCUGUUGCUGCUGAUGGUAGCUCUUAUCAAGCUCCGUUAACAGAGAAACAGUCUAACAAGAAGAAGAAGCCUCUUAAGGUUGCCAUGGAAGCCAUGAUAAGAGGGUUACAGAAGUUUGUAGAGGAGGAGGAGGAGGUUGAAGAGCCUGCAUCGAAUGACGAAUGCCAUCAUAAUGUAGCUGCAUGGCACAAUGCUUCUCACCCGGAGGAAAGAUUAAGAUUUUGGUCUGAUCCUGACACAGAAUUGAAAUUGGCUAAAGAUACUGGCAUCAGUAUCUUUCGAAUGGGAAUAGACUGGAGUCGAAUCAUGCCACAGGAGCCAGUUAAUGGAAUUAAGGAUGCUGUCAAUUAUGCCGCAUUAGAGCGAUAUAAAUGGAUCAUCAGCAGGGUUCGCUCUUAUGGAAUGAAGGUGAUGCUCACACUGUUUCAUCACUCACUGCCCCCAUGGGCUGGUGAUUAUGGUGGAUGGAAGCUGGAGAAGACAGUUGAUUACUUCAUAGAGUUUACCAAGCUUGUUGUCAAUGGCGUAUCAGAUAUGGUUGACUAUUGGAUAACAUUUAAUGAGCCUCAUGUCUUCUGCAUGCUUACUUAUUGUGCGGGUGCUUGGCCUGGUGGUCAUCCUGAUAUGCUGGAGGCUGCCACUUCUGCUCUACCAACUGGUGUUUUUAGACAGGCCAUGCAUUGGAUGGCUAUUGCACAUUCAAAGGCCUAUGACUAUAUCCAUGAAAAAAGCACAUUAUCAAACAAAGUGGUUGGUGUAGCACAUAAUGUAUCAUUUACGCGGCCAUAUGGUCUCUUUGAUGUUGCUGCUGUUACAUUGGCCAAUUCUCUCACUCUUUUUCCAUAUGUGGAUAGCAUAUGCGACAAGCUGGAUUUUAUAGGCAUAAACUACUAUGGACAGGAAGUGAUAUCUGGUGCUGGACUGAAGCUAGUAGAGACUGAUGAGUACAGUGAAUCAGGGCGAGGGGUUUAUCCAGAUGGCUUGUUUCAUCUGCUAAUACAAUUCCAUGAAAGAUACAAACACCUUAAGGUUCCCUUCAUCAUUACAGAAAAUGGGGUUUCUGAUGAGACAGAUGUGAUCCGUAGGCCGUAUCUUUUAGAACAUUUGCUUGCUGUUUAUGCAGCAAUGAUCAUGGGUGUCCCCGUGCUCGGUUACCUUUUUUGGACUAUUUCUGACAACUGGGAAUGGGCUGAUGGUUACGGUCCCAAGUUUGGACUUGUAGCAGUUGAUCGUGUCAAUGGCCUUGCUCGGAUCCCACGUCCUUCAUAUCACCUAUUUUCCAAGGUGGUAACCACAGGCAAAAUUACACGUGAAGACAGGGAAAGAGCAUGGAAUGAACUCCAAAAUGCUGCUAAAGAGAAGCAAACAAGACCCUUCGUUCGAGCAGUUAAUAAACACGGUUUGAUGUAUGCAGGAGGCCUUGACAAACCUACACAGCGACCUUAUAUUGAACGAGAUUGGCGAUUUGGACACUACGAGAUGGAAGGUCUUCAAGACCCGUUAAGCUGCUUUUCACGAUUCCUCCUCCGACUUUUCUCCUUCAAAAAGAAAAGAAAAUCAAAACAAGUUGAUUCUGAAUUGGUUCUUGAGCCCCUUGAGCUGAGUGUCUGAUUGCCUGUCCGUACUGUUCUUUUGUUUCCUUCAACAUUGCUACUAAAGUUAGGACUAUUACAUUUUAAAAUCAAUGUGUGUCAACUCUAAUAUUAGCUGACUGUCUUCUUUCUGUCUCGCAUGCAACCCCAAACCUAGAUUUUCUUUUUUUUUUUUUGGUUUUGGCUUUGUCAAUUUGUACAGGUGUUUUUCCCUAAGACUCGGGUUCUUGUAAUAAAGUGAUUUAAACAUGCAACCCUUCCUUCCUUUAGCUGUAUCUCCUUGCAUGAUCUUGCAAAACUUAUAAUCAAAGAGCCAAUCAUUUCUUGGAUGGCAUUAGUGCUGAUCUGUCCUUCAGGCACCUGAAGAAUCUUCACGAUGGGCUUUCUUUUCUUGAAAGCAAGAUUCUAGCUUACCCUAUCUCCUCUUCUGCUGGAAAUUGGCAGGGCCUUGAACCAUCCGCUUGGCAGAGGUACUAAGCAAAGUCUUUUAGGCGUACCUAUUCCUUUGAAAUGUAAGAUAAUUGCUUAAAAAUGUCUGUAUCAUUAAUAUGAAUCUGGUUGGAUUGCAACAUAAUUCUGUCAACUAGUCACUGCCGGCCGUCUCCACUGUAUGAAUUAACGAGAAUAAAAAGAUCCACCGAAAAAACCAUGAAAGUGAUUGUUAUCCUAUUUGUUAUCAACUAAAAGAUGUUUUCCCAUUGGAUCUCAGCCAUUUAAUUUCUUAGUUGACUCUUUUAGCUAAGUGGUUAAUUAGAUACCAUAAUGCAAGCAAAUACAUUCCUGAAAGUACUCCAGCUUUGCAACUUAUAGAUGAGUUGCAGAACUUGAAAUAGAGAUGGGAUCCUUAGCUCCAGCUAAAGGAGUUUUCACUUGUCCCUCAUUCACAUGUCUCUUUCUUGGU